AUCCAAACAAGCAAAGUAUUUUCUCCCUUUGACAGGACAGGAGCAUCGUGUUCCAUCCAAGCUGCGACGCACCGACGACGAAAAGCAGAGCAUCCCGUCGGAGCAGAGUUUUCUUUUCUUUUCCGGUCGCUAUCUGUUCGUUUGAAACUUGCACAAACAUCCCGACCAAUCAUCCCUCACAAGUCACAACCCACCCCAGAAAACGAUCCUCCGAAGCUUCCCAGGCGCGCUUCCCCGCCGCCUGCCGCCCGCCGCCGCCUCGAUGGCCGCCCAGGCGCCGGAGGAGCGCCUCGACGUGCUCACCGCCGCCGGCGACAAGACGGGCGUCUCCAAGCCCAGGUCGGAGGUGCACCGGGACGGGGACUACCACCGCGCGGUGCACGUGUGGAUCUACUGCGAGAGCACCGGGGAGCUGCUGCUGCAGCGCCGCGCCGACUGCAAGGACUCGUGGCCCGGCCAGUGGGACAUCUCCAGCGCCGGCCACGUCUCCGCCGGGGACUCCUCCCUCUCCUCCGCGCGGAGGGAGCUCCAGGAAGAACUAGGCAUCAAGCUUCCAGUCGAUGCUUUUGAGCUCAUCUUUGUUUUUCUUCAGGAAUGCGUUAUCAACAAUGGGACUUACACCAACAACGAGUACAACGAUGUUUACCUUGUGACGACUUUAACUCCAAUUCCACUCGAGGCCUUCACUCUCCAAGAAAGUGAAGUAUCUGCAGUUAGGUAUAUGCACCGUGACGAGUACAAGAGCUGCCUUGCAGCAGAAAGCGGAGAAUAUGUGCCUUAUGAUGUGAAUGGGCAAUACGGUCAACUGUUCAGUAUUAUUGAGGAAAGGUACAAAGACAACACGGAGUCUCGCAGCUUAACCUUACAAAAGCAAAUUAGUCGUUAUGCCCCCAUCCAUUUGGAACCAGAGUUGACUACUCUAUCUGAAGGAGACAGAGAAGCCUUGGGAUAUAUUCUUAAAGCAUCAAUGGUUAUUGAUGAAAUAUUUUAUGAGCAGGUAUGGAAUAGCAACACAAUGCUAAGAGACUGGCUAAAAGCACAUGCUGACUCCUCCUCCCUUGAUACCCUGAAGUGGGCAUAUUACUCUAUUAAUAAAAGUCCAUGGUCCUGCCUUGAUGAAAAUAAGGCUUUUCUAUCCACUGCCGAUUCGGCUGUGAAAUUGCUCACAGAUGCCACCAAGCCAAUUUCAGGAUGGAAGGGGCUUGAGUAUCGUGCAGCAUUUCCUCUAGAUAAGCCUCGUGGCGCGAACUUCUAUCCUGCUGACAUGGACAAAAUGGAGUUUGAUUUAUGGAAAAGUGGACUGACUGAUAAGGAACAAAAAGAUGCAACUGGAUUCUUUACUGUCAUAAAACGGCCUGACGCUUUAUUGACUACAUCAGUAGCACAGUCAGAUGGACCAAAUCAAACCAAUACUUCAGAUGAUCUUUUUAUUGUUCCAUAUUCCAAGGAGUAUAAAACAUCCCUUGAGAAAGCUGCCGAGCUUCUUCUUAAAGCAUCAGAUUGUUCUGAUUGUCCAAGCCUGAAGAAUUUGCUCAAAACCAAGGCAAAUGCUUUCCUUUCAAAUGAUUACUAUGAAUCUGACAUAGCUUGGAUGGAGUUGGACUCCAACAUAGAUAUCACCAUUGGCCCAUAUGAAACAUAUGAAGAUGGUCUUUUUAGUUAUAAGGCAACCUUUGAAGCAUUUGUUGGGGUGCGGGACGAAGUUGCAACUUCUCAAGUUAAACUCUUUGGUGAUCAACUCGAGGAUUUGGAGAAAAAUCUUCCACUGGACAAUAUUUACAAAUCAGACAAUGUAUCUGCUGCUCCAAUUCGCGUGAUGAAUCUUCUUUACAACUCUGGGGAUGUGAAAGGUCCUCAAACUAUAGCUUUCAAUUUGCCAAAUGAUGAGCGGAUUGUGAAUGAGCGAGGAACUUCAAUGGUUAUGCUUAAGAACGUCUCAGAAGCCAAGUUCAAGCAUAUCUUGAAGCCUAUUGCCAAUGCCUGCAUCAGAGAGGAGCAGAAAGAAUAUGUUGAUUUUGAGCCUUAUUAUACACAUAUUGUUUGCCAUGAGUGCUGCCAUGGAAUUGGACCUCAUUCCAUAACCCUUCCUGGUGGUAAAAAGUCCACAGUUAGAAUGGAACUUCAAGAAUGUCAUUCAGCAUUGGAGGAGGCAAAGGCUGAUAUAGUUGGUCUGUGGGCGCUGAAUUUUCUUAUAAACAAGGGGUUGCUUCCUAAGAGCCUAUCAAAAUCUAUGUACGUCUCUUUCCUGGCUGGAUGCUUUAGGUCAAUUCGCUUCGGCCUGGAAGAAGCCCAUGGGAAGGGACAGGCAUUGCAGUUUAACUGGUUGUAUGACAAAGGAGCUUUUAUCUUGCAUUCUGACGGAAAAUUCUCGAUUGACUUUACAAAGGUCGAGGAAGCUGUGGAAAGCCUUGGCAGAGAGAUCAUGACGAUACAGGCAAAGGGCGACAAGCCUGCUGCGCAGUCUCUCCUUCAGUCCCGUGCAACCUUGACACAGCCGUUGCGCGUGGCAUUGGAGAAAAUCGAACAUAUGCAGGUGCCCGUUGAUAUAGCCCCUAUAUUUGGCACAGCCAGUAAGCUGCUCGCAAACAAUUAAGCACCAGAGGACGCGAUUCAGAAAGUUUUGUGCCACCUACCGUGUACCUGAGAAACGACAACCUGUAUUUUUAUAUGAGAAAGUAGAAAUUGUUGAGACAAGACGAAGCACCAUCCUGAGCGACACAAAUGGAAAAUAACACAAAUAAAUGAAUGACCUUUUAAAAGGAUGGUGUUAGCAUCACUGCCUAAAUGGAUGAACUUGUAAAGGAUCACUGUCUAUUUACCGAGGUGUUUUUAGAAAGCAAUGUUUGCUGUAAUCUUUGAACAUAUUCACUCGGGAAGGAGCAACAGAGACUAUCAGUAUGCCGCUGAACUUUUGCUGGUACACAUGGUUUGUUCCUUUAAGUGAAUUUUGCAAUUA